AUGGCGCAAUCACUCGACGAGGCCGAGGAGUUCAUUCGGGAAAUGAGAGCGCCCAGCCCGAAAUUCAUCCGAUUCGGCAGGGCCGGCCAAAAGUUCAUCCGGUUCGGGAGGAGUGGGGCAAACACUUGGGACCACUCAACCCUCGAAGAGCUCGACAACCUUGACGGUGGCGUGGAGAAGCGAGCCGGGCAGAAGUUCAUCCGAUUCGGU